AUGUCCUCUCCAUGGACUAACUCAAUGGCUGGGUAUUUCCCAAGUGUAUGGGACGUGCUCAAGGUGCGAUACCUGUUGCAAUGGAAACUCAGUGAAGGGUUUCCAGCGGAGUUGGUAGACGAGAUUAUCGAUGCGGCCGAGUAUUGGCCUUCCACUGAACACCACAUGGUCGAAGAAACGGAACGCCGGGUUAUUCUAAAUGACCAGGAUCAGGUUUUGUUGAAGACCGUGCCGCUUUGUUAUUCGCAAAAGAGUCUAGAGGGAUCGUCCGCACCCAAGCCACUUCCCCAUCGAGGCCUUCAUCCAUGCCGCAAGAUCAGUUUUCAACUCUCUUCGCACGACCAGGGUGCCAAAGGCUUCGGGUUGCGAGCGGACAGGUAUACAGCCAGCUGGACUUGGUUCGAUACUGAAUUGAUUCGUGGUGCACAUACCCGCAAUAUGUAUGUCAAUGGAGAGGAACAAGAACUGUUGCAUAAUGAGCAGGGACAAGUCCGGCAACAUUACGGACCUAAGGAUGAACUUCUUCUACCACGGGAUAAUAAAGUGCAGGUCAACGGCAAACAUAUGGGGGAUCUGCAGAACACCAUCGUCGUGUGGCACUAUCAGGAUAAUAUCCAUUCUGAUUCCCCUGAGGCCCAUGAGAUUGAGGGAACCAAGGGCCGCGGGCGGUCCACGUUAGAUGGACGAUAUGUGCGUGAGUUGGAGGUUGGUGACUCGAUUGCACUCUGGGCACGAGCGCGAUUCCCCGGCUGGAGAAACUAUGUCUACAGUGCGACUGUUCGGGUGUUCUGGGCUGUUUGA